UAAAGAAAAGACAGAAAACAAUGUUGAAAUGCAUUGUUGUUUUCCUUCUUUACAUGGACCACCGUGUUGUUGUCUUUAAACAGUUAUCAGACAUCAUUUUUCACCUUUUUGGAGUAUAACAUGUUUAACUGAUGAUGUGGUGAUGUAGUUCUGCGGGAGAUCUUUUUGAGUAUAAUCGAAAAUCAAAACCGUCGUGGAGGAAGCACAUAUGGCAAGAAAAAACAGCAAAAGUUUCACCUUUGAUUCCGUCUAAAGGGUGCAUUUUAAAUGGAUUAAGUGGUGAUCAUUCUGAAUCUCUGUUUCUUUUAACCAAGGAAGGCACUCUGGUGGAGAGAAGAUUGCAUCAAAGGAAGUGGAAAUGGGUAGUUCAUGGAAGUCCUGAACAACAAACUUUGACAUCUAUUACGCCAGCUUUGCAAGAUGAAUCAAGUGAAACAUUCAUUUCUUUAUUUUUUACUACUUCAGCUGGAUCUGUUUUUGAAUAUCAAAUGCCAAAACAACUAGGCAGUGUUCAUAAUAAUCAGUUUCCAGAAGCAUGGGGAAGUCAUGAGCAUCCCUCACAAGCUAAAGCAGCAAGAGGUAUAGCUGGCUUAACAUUACAAGUUGGGAGGAUACUGUAUGCACUAGAUGAUGGUAGACUUGCAGAAUUGCAUCUAGCAGGAAUAGGUGGUGAAAGUUCAGGACCAUCUGUACCGCAAAACUCUCGAAGGAAAGCAUCAAUGAAAUAUGUUUGGACUCUAUUAGAUGUGCCAGAGAGUGAAGGAUGGAAUGCAGAAUAUUGUACAGAAGAACGUGGCCCCAGAAAUUGUAUUAUAGGCACAAAAGAUGAGUCAUAUGAUUCAGGAACAAGUUCAGUAACAGGUAGGAGAAAACAAAGCCAAGCACAGAGUUAUUACUUGUCUGUAGGCACAGGUGGUGAGCUGAGUAAAUCUUCAGAAGAAGACAGUCUACCAGAUGACUGGAUUAGUAGUAACUUCCGCUUGAGACUGUUGUACGAAGGCAAGUCAUUCUUCUUAAUAAACAAUGAUGGUUUGGUUUUUGAAUACGUUUGUAUUGAGAAUGUAUGGGUAUGGUUGAAGCAUGAUAGCUCCUCAGCUAUGAGUGGUAUAGUGGGGAGCUAUAAUGGAAGUUUGUUUAUGGUUGAUACAUUUGGGAGUUUGUUCCUUAGAGAAUGGAGUGGUAACGACAUAGCAUGGAAAAAUUGCACUGCUUUGAGGAAAGGGAGACAUGUUAUUGGAGGUCAACCAUGGGACAUGUUACCAGGUAAAGCAAGGAGGGCUACAACUGAAGAUUCAAUCUUCUUUGUGAGCAAAAAUGGAAGAUUACUGCAGUUCAUGGUAGGUAAACAGUAACACAAUUUUCUCAAACUAAAACAUAAGGUACAAGAUGAUAACAUAGGUGUAACCUAUCAACUUUUUAAUUGCUUAGAAGUUAGAAUACUUAAGAGACAAGCCUAGACAAAAAAUGAUUGAAGUGUGAAGGAGUGACACUUCAAAAAGCUUAAGAUGUUAGGUAAAGACACAUCAAUGAUUGUAUGCCUGUUAACAAAAUUAUGAUUGUACUUCCAUAUUUUCUGCAGUUUGUGUCUUAAACAUUGGU